GGGAGUGGUGGGAGCGGGAACAGAGCUGGUCUGCAGUGCGAGAGUAGAGCCGCUGCCGCGACGGCUGCCACAACCACUACCACUGCCACAGCCGCUGCCAACAUGUUCCAGGGGCGAGAGAAUGAGGGCAGCAAGUCGAGCUCCAGGGUAAUGAAACCCCCUGGAGGAGAUUCAAGCAAUGUUUUUGGAACUCCAGAAGAAGUUAUUCCUUCAAAUAGACCAAAUAGAAUGGCAUCUAAUAUCUUUGGAGCAUCUGAGGAACCCCAGAAUACACCCAAAAGGUCAAAUCCUCCAGGAGGCAAAGGAAGUGGUAUCUUUGAAGAGCCUACUCCUGUGCAGGCUCGAUAUCGUUUGAAUCCCCCUGGUGGGAAGACCAGUGACAUCUUUGGGUCUCCAGUCACCCUUACUGCGCCCUUAGCACACCCAAACAAGCCCAAGGAUCAUAUUGUCUUAUGUGAAGGUGAGGACACAAAAUUGCAGCUCAGAGCUACAGAAAAUAUGCAGUCUUCAAGAGAAGAACAUGAUGAGAAAUGUGACAAAGGAAAGGAGGAACGAGCCAAGGAAACAGAGUCUAAUCUCAAGAUUGACAACCAUGAGCCCAGGUUGGGCCCCAGGCCUCGAUCACACAACAAAGUCCUCAACCCACCAGGUGGCAAAUCCAGCAUCUCUUUCUACUAAAGGAAACUAAUGCCAGCAUCUUCAGACUAGAAACUCUUCUGUUAGGAUGUCAAGGUUUAUAGUUUCUAAUUAGUACAAGUUGGGAUGGGGCGGGGAGGGGAGGGGUUGAUUUGUAUGAAGAUUUUUAUGUAGCUUGCUGCUUAAACUUGUCUUCUAGAAACAGCUAAGGCUACACAAGACCAAGGCACACAUAGCUUUUCAGGGAAUAAAGACAACAAAUAUAGGAGCAAUAAGGAAUUCCCCAGGUUUGCAUCCAAGAAUUAGUUCCACAUAUGAUUCGUUGAUGGAUUGAAAGAAAAUGGGGAAAGAGUAGGAUCUUCAAAGGUUUUAGUUACAUCUAUUUUUUCAUGGACAUGUACAUGUAAGGAUGGUCCUGCAGCAGUAGCCAUUGACAGUGUCACUAAGGGACUAAAAACCCGUAUGAAUGACAUGUUGGAGAAUUGCCUGAGGAAUGCUCCCCAUCUCUGGUCUGGUAGAGGGAUGCAACUUGUGAUUCAGAAUGGUAAUAAAUCAUUUAGCUCACUAAGUCCUUAAAUUAUAGAGUGAUGAUAUAGGACCUUUCCCUUUCAUGGAGGCACUACUGAUAUCUGAGAAAAGGGGUGUUAAAUCUAUUUGAGUCCUUUUAAGUUUGCCUCCGUGAUGGACUAUUCUGCAGACAUCUUAUGAGGCUUUUUGACUUCCCUCCAAAAUCAGGGAAAGACUAAGCUGUGAUUUGAAAGGGUAUUGACUUCAUUUGAGUUCUGCAAUUAGUCAAGCUUAUUAGUCAAGCCAAUUUUCCUUUUCCCUUGUUUGUAGAUAUAUUCUUAAUGGCAGAGUUUUGCACCCAGAUCUUCCAGGGGCAUCUAUAACUUCUGUCAUCUAGAAGCCCUUGGCCUGAUCUUAGAUCAGAAGGCCUGCCUUACAUAAGAGAGUAAGUUGGAUCUCUUGUUAACUGAUUUUAAGUGAAUGAUUUCUCCCUGCUGUUCUCAUAAGCCUUAAAUGCCUUUGAUUGUCUCUGCAGUUUACCAUUGGUGAGAACCUACUACUUUCACAAACUACAGUUCUAUUCUAAAGGUGGGGAGAAUGGAGCCUUCAGCCUUUUUAAAGGCCUUAUUAACUUGUCCAAUUUAUUUCUGGUAUUUUGGUUAUAUUUUUCUAAGACUUUUUUUGAAUUAUUGUGAUCAACUCAUGAGAAAGACAAUAAAUCAUUAAGAAUCUUUAUUUCUUCAAAAUAAACAUUUUGGACAAUAUUUAAAGAGCCAUUCUUAAUGCUGUUCAAAUACCAGCUUCACAAACUGCUCUUGACUUUGAACCAUUUAUGAUACCUAAUUGUGUAGGCACACUAAAAAGUAAACAGAGUCUCAAAAGUCCAUCUUGUGAGCAAUUACUCAUUUUAGUGAUUGUCUGCAAUAUUUUGCCCAUCUGAAAGCAGUACAUAUACAAAUUAGCUAGAUUGUUUGCAUAUUAUCAGUGGAUAAAAUAAGACUUUUUCAAGUUCAGAUAAUGGACUACAAUUUUCUUGAAACUAAAUCACAUUUAACUAUAGAAUCAUAUCUCUUUGAUCCCUUUAGGGAAAUGUUCCUCAGUCAAACUAAAUAACACUGUAUUUUAUUCUAUACCUCUUACAUUUGGAACAUCUGUUAGUACCUUGCAAGUAGAGCAGAUAAGGUUUCAUUAUGGUGGAUUUUGUGACGGGUAUCUACAAAGUGAACACCAAAUUGUGGAAAUACAGUUCUAUUUUAGAACAGUAUUUAGCAAAUUGACACAUAUUAAUAUGCACCCAUUGUCCACAAUAUUUAAGUGCCUGUAGGAAAUUGCUGCUAAACACUUCUUACUUGGCAGAUGUUGUUAACCAAAAAUUAAACCUCUUGAGGAUUCCCUGAUUUUGGAGAUUACUUUAUAGCCAAGAUAAGCUUACUGUUUUCUAUAAGUCUGUAAAGUACAAACAAUACCCAAUUUAACUAAUGGGCUGUGUUCUAAGAUUUUGAAAGUGCAUUGUUUGAUACUAGGAAAUUAUUUUUAUGUAGAAACAUAGUGAUUAAAUUCUUAGGCUAGAUUACAAAAGUCUUAACCCAGAAUGUCUCUGAACUACAGAAUCUAAUCACCAUUUAUAAGUGUGUCUAUAGGAAAGCACAUUUUGGGUGCUAGUUUAUGGUGGCAAAAACAUACCUCAUUAGCCACAUCCUCUUUUCCACCUGAAUUCCACAGCUCUAAACCACUAGGAUGAUUCCUCAACAAGACUUCCAGCCAAAUGAAAUGAGUGACAGGGAUGAAAUAUCCAGGGAGGAGUACAAGUAAAUAGGAUGUUUUUCUUCCCCUUCUAACUUGUUUCCUUGUAUCCUGAUAUAUCUUGUUGCUGUACAUUGAAAAUUGGGUAUAGAGCUAUUUUAAAAGUUUGGGGGUGAAAGUAUCCCAUAAGAAUGAGAUUGGUUAGUAGGAAGUAUUAAUGCACCUGUACGCAUUUGUAUAUAAAGGAGAUACAUAUAUCUGGUAUUUGUUGGAACUGCUUGUAUUUGGAAUAUCCAAAGAUGUUUAGCAACCUACUCUGUCUCUUCUAAAAUGCAUUAAGAAAUUCAUUGUCCUCAUAUUCUUUAUUAUAUCUUAAAACUUGUUUUUUAAAAUGCAGUUGGUGCCAACAUUUUCUCUAGAACUACGUUAAGAAAUUUUGUGCUUAGAUUUCACAGUAUAAUUUUGAUGGGAGCAUUUUCUUACUUUUUCAGGGCAGAAAUGGGAAUAGCAGUUAUAUUAAACCUGGCAGUCAUGUACUCAAAA